AUGGAGUGGGUCAGAAACAAAGAGCCCGAGCGCAUGCGGUUGGGCGUGGGACCAAGAAACAGCAGCAGCGCCAGUGUGUUUUCGCCAAUAGGUGCGCUCGCAAGACCGUUGGGGUGGUUGGCUGCCAUAGCGUGUGGAUCAGGUGAAGGAGAGAGACCAAACAACAGGUUUUCUAGUGGACGCAAAUCAUUCCGGGGAAUCUCUAUGGAACCAGGCUGGAAGGGCGCCAACGGGUUGGAAUUGGCACGGUUCCGGGCAGAGCUGGGCUGCGAAUCCGGCACCAUAAGCAGAAUCGUGGGCGGCGAGUACAGCAUGUUUGGCGUUCAACCAGCGGAUAGAAUGGAGAAACGACAGGUUACAGCCAACAAAGCAGAAGCGGCGCUGGCGGAAAGCACACGCAAAAGGCGGAAGACGAGGGAAAGGGAUCCGGACGGACGGCAAAAAGACGGAAAAAAAAAAAGUGCAACAAAGGGGAACGGGCGCCAAAAUAUGGGCGCUCAAGAUGAAAAAGCAAGAGACUAUGUGUUCGUUCAAAAGAACGCAAGAGGCCGUUUACAUGGUGCGGAGGUGCGGGUUUUCGCGCGCGCUCUAUCCGGGGCAUAG